AUGGAAGAAGAAGCAAAGAUCUCUUCCUCUUCACCUCCUCCUCCUGCUUCUACUACUACUACUACUACUGCUACUCCGAGUAGUUUUGCUAAUACCAGUUCGCAUGCAAAUGCAAAUGCAAAUGCAUCUUCGGGGAGUUCGCGGUGGAACCCGACGAAGGAGCAAAUAAGCAUACUGGAGGGGUUAUACAAGCAGGGGAUACGCACGCCGAGCGCGGAGCAGAUACAGCAGAUAACGGGGAAGCUGAGGGAGUACGGGGCGAUAGAGGGGAAGAACGUGUUCUACUGGUUCCAGAACCACAAGGCGCGCCAGAGGCAGAAGCAGAAGCAGGAGACCUUCGCCUACUUCUCUCGCCUCCUCCACCACGCAACGCCGCCGCCGCCACCGCCGCCGCUGCUGCAGCCGCAACCGCUUUCUCCGCCGCCGCAGUCGCCUUCCUCUCUUUCUCAUGCACCACCAUGCACCAACAUUAUGUGCGGCCCAUACAACGUAGCUACGCCCCAUGUGCAUGGCGUUGGAGGUGUUGGCAUCUACCAACCCCACCACUCCACCAUGUUCAUGUCCCCCGAAGCUUUAAAGAGGUGGCCAAAACCACAAGGGUUCCAGAGAACGCUCAUGACCCCCGUUGACCAAUACUAUCACAACUACUCUACUAGUUCAAGCCAUGGCCAUACUAUUGGAGGUGAUAAUGCUAAUGAUAAUGGUCAUAACAAUGGUGAUGAUGAUAACAUGGAGAAUGAGACGCUGCAGCUGUUUCCGGUGCACCCGACCGGCGUGUUGGAGGAGAGGUCGAGGAGUUCGCGCACGUCGACGGCGUCGACAGAGGCCGCCGAAAGCUUGGAGGAGGAGGAAGAAGAAGAAGAAGAAGAAGAGACGUUGAGGAGUGAUAAUGAAAACCAACUCACAAAACCGUUCUUCGACUUCUUUGGUGGUGCUAAUUAA